GGGUCUGGAGUUUAGCGCUUAAUCGACUGUGUCAUACGAUUCCGCUCAAACCAGACAUGAAAUACUUGCCUGAAAGAGUUGUUUUGUCACUGGUUUUGUGUCUCGGAACAAUCAACAUGCUGGCUCAAAGAGUGAACUUAAGCAUUGCAAUCUUAUGCAUGAUAAAGCAUAGCAAUAUAAGUGACAAUUACAGUACAAUUAGUAAAUAUUCUAUGAGUAUCAACUCAACAUCAGAUUGUAGUAUGCAGUCAAUCGAUGAAUCAGAGACUAUGAUAGCGGGUCCGUUUGAUUGGGAUCGCUCAAGUCGAGGAAUUCUUCUUGGAAUAAUUUUCUGGGGUUAUUUUCUUGGGCAGAUACCUGCAGGCAUCCUGAUUCAAAAGUUCGGCGUCCGUCCGGUUCUACUUACUUCCCUAAUUGUAAUGAGUACAUCAACAAUUGUUGUUCCACUAAUAGCAACAAAGUCAUUGUAUUUAUUUUACGCUGCACGAGUAGUUACAGGAUUGGCAUCCGCAAGUUGGUUUCCUGGAUUCUAUCAACUUUGGACUGCUUGGGCACCUCCAAAUGAACGUGGACUUUUAAUUGGAUUUGCUUAUGCAGGACUUCAUGUAGGUAGUGCUAUUUCAAUGCCUAUAACUGGGGCUUUGUGUCAAACUUCAUUGGGAUGGUCACUAGUUUUUUACUUCUAUGGUGCAAUCAGUUUUAUUUAUUGUAUUUUAUGGUUUAUAUUUGUAUAUGAUGAACCUAAAUUACAUCCAAGAAUAACUGUAAAAGAAAAAACUUAUUUAGAAUCAACUUGUCCAAUUUUAUUAAAAAAUAAUAAUGGAAAAAUUCCAAUAAAAUCAAUGUUAACAUCACUUCCUGUUUGGGCAUUCAUUGUUGUAAAUAUUGGCAUAGAUUGGAAUUUAUAUACCUUUUUAACUAGUGUGCCAACAUACAUGCGAGAAGUGUUACACUUUGAUUUUCAACGAAAUGCUCUAUUAUCUUCUCUACCGUAUAUCGGUAUGUGGAUAGGUCAACUAUUAUUUGGUUGGUUAUCAGAUAUCUUCUUGACUCGACGAAUUCUAACUUUGAGUGUUGUUCGUAAACUAAUGAAUAGUGUAGGUAUGUUUGGACCAGCUAUUCUUAUGAUCUUGAUUACAUUGUUUGAUUGUCAUAAUAAAUAUGCAGUUGUAAUCCUAUUGACAUUUGGAUUGUUUCUUAGUUCUGGUGUUUUCUCUGGUGGAAUGCUUAGUCCAAUUGAAAUUACACCAAAAUAUUCUGGUUUAUUAUUUUCUAUUUCUAAUUCAAUUGGUGCAUUGACAGGAUUUUUGAGUCCAAUUGUAGCAAAUGCUUUAACAUCAAAUAAAACUUAUACAGAAUGGCGUUAUGUAUUUUAUUUAGGUUCUGUAAUAUUUAUCAUUGCUGGUUUCUUCUUUCUUCUAUUCUCAUCAUUCAAUGUACAAUUAUGGGCUAUAGAAAUUGUCAAUCAUGAUAAAGAUAAUCAUUACUGCCUUACAAAUAAAACAUUCUCACAUAAAAUAUCCUUAUCAAAUGAACAGCAUCAAGUAGUCAGUCAAUAAACCAUGAAAACUAACUGAUCAACGCA